AUUUUUAUGAAAGUUGUAAAGGUUACUGCCUACACCCAGUUGGGCUGUCGGGGUCCGGAAAGAGGGCAGGGGGCCUUCGGCCAAUAUCAUGGAGUCGCCCUGACCAAGAGGCUUCAGUUGCUCACAAACCUUAUCCAGACCCUCGUGAAGGAUUCUUUGACAUUUGAGGAUGUUUCCGUGAACUUCACCCAGGAAGAGUGGGCUUUGCUGGAUCCUUCUCAGAAGAAUCUCUACAUAGAUGUGAUGCUGGAAACCUGGAGGAACUUCACUUUUACAGGACAUGAAACAAUUCAUAAUGUAGAAAAACCACAUGAAUAUACACGAUGUAGUAAAGCCUUUAGAUAUAACAAUUGUCUUCAAAAGUAUGAAAAAAUUCAUACUGGAGAGAAACCUUAUGUAUGCAAACACUGUGGUAAAGGAUUUAAACAUAAGAGAGAUCUUCAUUUACAUGAAAAAAAUCAUACUGGAGAAAAACCAUACGAAUGUAAAGAAUGCAAUAAAGCCUUUGGACGUAAAAGUCAUCUUCAUAGUCAUGAAAAAAUGCAUACUGGAGAAAAACCAUAUGAAUGUAAACAAUGUG